GCUUGCAACUGCUUGCCCGGGUGGUGUCUCUGUUGUCGUAACAGAGAGUAUUUUUACUAUUAAUAUUGAGUCAGAGUGAUUUAAAAUAGGUACUCAACAGCCGCCGGGGGACCAUAUCCAGGCGCUUCAGAGAAUGCUGGCUACAGGAGCAGCUGUAACCACAGCGCUGGCGCAAGUGGAUAGGGAAAAAAUCUACCAGUGGAUCAACGAGUUGUCCAGCCCAGAGACUCGGGAGAAUGCCCUGCUGGAGCUCAGUAAGAAGCGGGAGUCGGUGCCAGACCUGGCGCCCAUGCUGUGGCACUCCUGCGGCACCAUCGCUGCACUUCUGCAGGAAAUUGUCAACAUAUAUCCCUCCAUUAAUCCACCGACUUUAACAGCACACCAGUCCAACAGAGUGUGUAAUGCCCUUGCACUUCUACAAUGCGUUGCCUCGCACCCAGAGACAAGAUCUGCUUUUCUGGCAGCUCAUAUUCCACUGUUCCUGUACCCCUUCCUGCACACUGUCAGCAAAACGCGCCCCUUCGAGUACCUGCGUCUCACCAGCCUUGGGGUCAUAGGAGCACUGGUCAAAACAGAUGAACAGGAAGUGAUCAACUUCUUACUAACCACAGAGAUCAUUCCCCUCUGCCUUCGCAUCAUGGAGUCUGGCAGCGAGCUUUCCAAAACGGUUGCUACUUUUAUACUACAGAAAAUCUUAUUGGAUGACACAGGGUUGGCAUAUAUUUGUCAGACCUAUGAGCGCUUCUCCCAUGUGGCUAUGAUUCUUGGGAAAAUGGUCCUGCAGCUCUCGAAAGAACCCUCAGCUAGGCUGCUGAAGCACGUUGUGCGCUGUUAUCUCCGCCUCUCAGAUAAUCCCAGGGCCCGGGAAGCCCUACGUCAGUGCCUUCCAGACCAACUGAAGGAUACCACCUUUGCUCAGGUGCUGAAGGACGACACAACCACCAAGCGUUGGCUGGCACAGCUGGUAAAGAACCUGCAGGAGGGCCAGAUCACAGACCCCAGGGGCAUUCCCCUGCCUCCGCAGUAGCACAAGGGAACCCCCUUGCACAGAGCACUUGGGGACAACAAUAAGGACAUCGGAACAGGAUGAUGUAGGAGGAGCUGGUCUGCUGGACACGUGGCGCCAUCUCUCUGACGUUUUUCCGAAGACUGAGACACACAAGUGCUCCUGAACUGUCAUUUUGCCCCAUAUACCAACCUCAGAAAGCAAGCUCCAGCGUUUGUCUUGUGAAGCACAGCCUAUUUUUUUUUUCCUUCUUUUUUCAAUCCACUCUCUGCCUCUGAGAUAAAAGGGAGGGUCGUCUGGAUAGCGUGUUCGCUCUGGGCCUUCAUCUGAACAGGAGUUUGAAUUCCAUACUUCCUUUUAAUGCUUUUCUUAGGUUACCGUGAAAAUACUGUAUAAUAAAGUAGCUCCCUUUGAAAUUGGGAUAACCUCUAUAAAGAUGCUAUGGCAAAGAAACCAAGCAUUUUUUUUCCCCAAAUCCCUGUUUAUAUAAAAGUUUGUUUCCUUGCCUGGCAGUCUUGUUAAGUUUAUUUUUAAGAAAAUAAUUUUAUUCCUGUUUGGACUUUUUCCUCCAUUUUAAGAUAUAUUUUUGAAUGUAUUCACAGAAUUUCAUCUAUGAUGUGUAUGCAGCUAUUAAGUGCAAUGGUUUCACAUAUGGUGAGUUAUUAUUGCUCAAAACUUCCUGGAAACCUCCACUGACAUUAUGCAAAAUAUUUUCUGGAGGUUUAAAUGUAAUGCAUCACAUUUAAGACUGUAACAGCCAAGAUACAGCAUUUCAUGGUUUUGAACUUUCCUCUGGAAGUACUUAAAAACACAUUUCAAAGGUGAAUUUGUGUGUUCUGUAUUCAGUAGCUGUACUCUGACAUCAGAAACUAUACCUGUUCCACUGUUCCUUCAGUGUAGCUCUUCAUGUUUAGGCAUGCAGUGGGAGUGCAACUUUUUGUGUUUCAAACAGCUGAAUGAAGUUAGGAAUUUGAAUUCUUUUGAGGAAGCAUUUGUGUGUAUGCAAAUAAAGGUCCGUAUUUGCAGUGA